AUGGGCCCAAAUGCUGCCAGCGGCAUGGGGGGCAUGGACAUGGGCAUGGGCAUGGGCGUCCACGGUAACGGCACCAACCAGCCCCAGGCCACCGAGUACACCCUCCAGGGCGUCAUGCGCUUUCUGCAGACGGAAUGGCACCGCCACGAGCGCGACCGAAACGCCUGGGAGAUUGAGCGCCAGGAGAUGAGGGGGAGGAUAGCAAGCCUCGAGGGCCAGGCCCGAAGGGCCGACGCCACCCAAAAGGCCCUCAAGAAAUACGUCUCCAUCCUGGAGCGCAAGGUCAAGGACCAGGCCGCCCACCUCAAGGGCGCCCCGACACCAGACGGCGCCAAGGAUGACCGCGCCGCCAGGAUUCACGAGAGGCUCCAAAUGUCCUCGGACAAGCCAGGCAAGCCCGCCGACGACGACGCCCAGCGCAACGAGCUCAAGUCUUUUCUCGACCAGUGCCAGGCCGAGUUCACCUAUCUCAUGGUGACGCCCGCCAACCCGCAGCCGCCGCGCGACUCUCCGCCGCUACCCAUGAUGGAGGACCUGCGCGACGUCGAGGCCUUUGGCAUGCCCGGCCCGCAGCACAUGGAUCGGCAGUAUCAACACCAGCGAGCGGCGCCCACCCACGCCGCCGACAUCAAGUCCAUCAACGCCAGGCAACACCAGGCCUCCAACGCCGGCCCGCCGAUGCAGCCACCGCCUUCGGCCUUUUCCCAAGCCCCGCCUGACUUUCACUCACAGCCCAUGGUCCGCUCGGCCGGCGAGCCCCAGCCUCCCGUCUAUGCAAGCUCCAACGACUGGUCGGGGCCGGUGGCGGUCACGACGCGCGCCGUCGAUGAGGGCAUGCCGGGGCCCAACCACGCGGCCGAGUCCCUGGCGGGCGUGGAACAGACGGCUGAGAUGCGGGACCGGCCGCCUGCAGGCCCGGAGCCCGACGGCUGGGAGUUCCCAGAAGGCGCAUUCGCCGACCACGGGCCGUCUCAACAGCACCCGCUGGCCUCGGCACCCAACCGGCCGGACACGGACGUGUUUCCAAACGCCGAGUACCUGCCCAAGUCGCCGAAUAGUCGGGUGCCCAGCGGCCACCGGAGGAAGAGCUCCAUGUCGAGGCGGCGUAGCGGGGAACAUGAGCUAGCGAUGAGUGCCAACCAGAGGGUCGAGGGCGGCCACUUUAAGCUUCGGUUCGGUCUGCGGGGCCAUCUCGACACGGUGCGCACAGUCAUCUUCUCCGGAGGCGGCAGCCCGGGAGAGCCCGAGAUUUGCACGGCGGGCGACGACGGCAUGAUCAAGCGCUUCCACAUUCCCCGGCUCGACAGCCAUGCAGGGUCUCUGGGCAAUGCGGCCUCGGACCUCGACGUCAUUGCCAACUUUACUCAUCGCGGCCACUCGGGCUCCGUCCUGUCGCUGACAUCGUGGUCGCCGUCUCCCAGCUUUUCCACGGGCGGGCGGGCGCAGGGCGAUGGCUGGAUCUUCUCGGGCGGCCAGGACGCGACAAUACAGGUGUGGGAACGCGGGCGGGUUGACCCCAAGGCCACGCUAGAGGGCCACACGGACGCUGUCUGGGCUCUCUGCGUCCUCCCCACGACUCUGGGGGCCGUGUUUGGCAGCUCCAGCCCCUACGGCAGCACGGAUCGGAUCCUGCUGGUGUCGGGCGCUGCCGACGGCACCGUGCGGCUCUGGUCCGUCAGCGCCCCGCCUCAGAUGAGCUCGCCGCAGCCCGGGACCAACCGGAACAUGACGGGCCGCGGCGGGCGGGUUCGCGGCAACUCGAUGAGCUCCGGAAGCGGCUUCUCCAACUCCCCUCAGCCGACCAUUGCGUCUAGCUCUCCCUUCCACCACACGCUGGUGCACGUCAUUUCGCGCGCGGACGGCUCCAAGGCUAGCCCGACGUGCAUCACGUCCCUGGGGGGGCUAGGCGAGUCCUACGUGGUCGCUUACUCGGACGCGGCCGUGGUCGUCUACGACACGAGAAGCGGAGAGCCGGUCGGGCAGAUGGACAGCAUGGAGACGUACGACGGGUCCAUGAAGACGAGCGUCAACGCCGUCGUGGCCACGACGAGUGGCCUGGACCAGGGCGGGCAGCAUCACGGCAACAGCAGCAUGGGCGGGGAGGACGAGGCGAGCGGCGGGGGACCGACCGGGGGCCGGUCGAUGGCAGGGUCGGGCGUCGAAGGGACCAUCAUCUCGGGGCACGAGGAUCGGUUUGUGCGAUUCUUCGACGCCAACAGCGGGCAAUGUACGUACAACAUGCUGGCCCACCCCGACGCCAUCUCGAGCCUGUCGCUCAGCCCGGACGGGCGCGAGCUCUUGAGCGCGGGCCACGACGCGUCGCUCCGGUUCUGGAGCCUGGAGAAGCGUUCUUGCACGCAGGAGAUUACCAGCCAUCGGGUCAUGCGGGGCGAGGGCGUGUGCUCGUGCGUCUGGAGCCAGGACGGCAAGUGGGUGGUGAGCGGCGGGGGGGACGGGUUGGUCAAGGUGUUUGCACGAUGA